GUUAUAGUACAUGGAAUCUUCUUCCCGUGACAGAUUUUGAGUGUAAUAAUUUACAUAUUAGUUGGAGAAAUGAUGUGAAACCCUUUCCCAUUGUAUGCUGUUUGUGAUGAAGAGUAGUGCUGGUUAAGGUGUAAUGGAGAGGAGGUACAAGCAGCAAAAACGAGAGGCAUGCAGCUAUACUCAAGGACUCCUCGUGUUUUAGCCAAUUCAGAAAUGGCUGCAAUCCCUGGAUAGCCAGAUAUGUUUACGCCUUGAUCUUUCUCUUUGCCAAUCUUCUAGCGUGGGCUGCUCGAGACUAUGGCCAUGUUGCUUUGUCAGAAAUGGAAAAUGCAGGACUGAGGAUCUGUGCUGGUAAAUCUAGCUUCUUGGGUGCUGAAGGAGUCCUGCGUGUAAGCUUGGGAUGCUUUGUAUUUUUCAUGAUAAUGUUUGUUUCAACUGUUCGUACCUCAAAGUUACACGAUCCAAGAGAUUCAUGGCAUUCUGGAUGGUGGUUUGCAAAGAUAGUGCUGUGGAUUGCAUUGACAAUCAUUACCUUCUUGAUUCCUUCUGCAUUUAUAAGGCUUUAUGGAGAAAUUGCGCAUCUUGGUGCUGGGGUCUUUCUCCUGAUUCAGCUAAUAAGUGUCAUCAGUUUUAUGACAUGGCUGAAUGAUUGUUGUACAUCUAACGAAAGUGAAGAAAGAUGCCACAUCCAUGUGAUACUAAUUGCAACAAUUGCAUAUGUUAUAUGCAUAGUGGGGAUCAUUCUGAUGUACGUUUGGUAUGCACCAGAGCCAUCUUGCCUCCUUAACAUUUUCUUCAUCACCUGGACACUGGUACUCCUACAGCUCAUGACAAGCAUCUCUCUUCACCCUAAAGUAAAUGCUGGCUUCUUGGCUCCAGGUCUUAUGGGCCUUUAUGUGGUGUUUCUCUGCUGGUGCGCCAUUAGAAGUGAACCAACCGGUGAAAGUUGCAUCAAGAAGGCUGAAGCUUCAAAGAGAACAGACUGGCUUACCAUUAUAAGCUUUCUUGUCGCAUUACUUGCAAUUGUUAUUGCAACAUUUUCUACUGGUAUUGAUUCACAAUGCUUUCAGUUCAUGAAGGGUGAAAAGAAAACUGAGGAUGAUGUUCCAUAUGGUUGUGGCUUCUUCCACUUCGUCUUCGCCACGGGAGCAAUGUACUUUGCUAUGCUGUUGAUCGGCUGGAACACUCAUCAUGCCAUUCAGAAGUGGACAAUUGAUGUAGGUUGGACAAGCACAUGGGUCAGAGUAGUGAAUGAAUGGUUGGCAGUUUGUGUAUACUUGUGGAUGGUGGUAGCUCCAAUCAUCCUGAAGUGCAGACAAAAUGCAGAAGCCACUUAGAAUUCUAUUCUAAAAUCUCCGACUCAUUUUGCGAUUGCUUCAAUAAUCUGCUGUGCUGGGUAUUCAAAACAGUUGCAGACACAAGUCGUUGCAGCAUACUUGAAAGACAGUGGAAGAUGAAUAUAAUUCAAUUUACUUGGGAAUCAAAAUUAAUGCAAAUCGUGUUGGGUAUUUAAUAAACGUAAAAACAGUGGAAAUAAUAAACUGAAAAUUUUAAUUCUA